AUGUCUCCCCCAAUGGCCACCGCUGGUGGAAAGGGCGUCAAGAAGGAGUCGACUGCGGCGCGUAUUCUGGGUUCCGGUUCUGCUGGUAUUGCUGAGCUUGCUGUCUUCCACCCGGUUGACACCAUUGCGAAGCGUCUCAUGAGCAACCAUGGAAAGAUCUCCAGCAUCACCCAGCUCAACCAAGUCAUCUUCAAAGACAAGGCCUCCGUCUCCGCUGGCAAGAAAUUCUUCUCCCUCUUCCCCGGUCUCGGAUACGCCGCCGGCUACAAAGUCUCCCAGCGUGUAUACAAGUACGGCGGCCAGCCCUUCGCCCGCGAUCUCAUCACCAAGAACUACGGCAACUCCUUCGAGCGCACCUUCGGCCCCACGACCGGCCGCGCCAUGAUCGCCUCCCUCGCAGGCUCCAUGAUCGGCAUCGGCGAGAUCGUGCUCCUCCCCCUCGACGUCCUCAAGAUCAAGCGCCAGACAAACCCCGAGGCCUUCCGCGGCCGCGGCAUCGUCCGCAUCAUCAAGGAUGAGGGCUUCGGGUUGUACAGGGGCUGGGGCUGGACCGCUGCACGUAAUGCGCCGGGCUCGUUCGCGCUGUUCGGAGGUUCGGCCUUCACAAAGGGAUAUCUGUAUGGGCUGGAAGAUUAUAAUAAGGCGACUUGGUUCCAGAACUUUGUUGCGUCGAUUGCGGGUGCCUCGGCGUCCUUGAUCGUCUCGGCGCCGCUCGAUGUCAUCAAGACCCGUAUCCAGAACCGUAACUUUGACAACCCGGAGAGCGGAAUGAAGAUUAUCAGGGACAUGAUCAAGAAGGAGGGGCCGUCCGCGUUCUUCAAGGGUCUCGUGCCCAAGCUGCUCAUGACUGGCCCCAAGCUCGUCUUCUCCUUCUGGCUGGCUCAGACCCUGAUCCCCGCCUUCGACAUUGCUUUCAGCAAAUAGAUGACCCCGUCAUGAGGGUGUUCGAAAGUGCGAGCGGAAGAGCUUAGAGUUAUUGCUGCAGCCGGCCAUUGGGCCAGCAGAGCGAGUUAGAAACGGUAGACGGCUAGACCUGGUUUUGGGAGCUUCGGCGCGUGUACGAUUGAGGAAGAAGGGGGGGAGGGGCAAAAAAGGGAAUUCCGGCGCACAGUUUUCUUUUUCUUGGCCUGCAGACAUGCGGAGGGAAAUAUGAUUGUAGAUAGAAUCAUUGUACAUACUUAGUUAUGCGGGAGGGGAUUAUCGUCUCCUUCCUUAUGAAAAACCCCAC